AUGCCGCACCGGGAUGACGGCGCGCGGCCGGGCGGCGGGACGCGGGCAGUGCCCGUGGCGGGGGCGGCGAGUGCCGUCGGACCGCGGUGGCGCCCUGACCCCGCACCCCUGUGUCCGCAGGCUCCGGAGCCGGUGCGGCCGCGCUGCCCCUCGCCCCUGCGGCCGCCGGCCGGCCCCGAGCGCACCUCGGAGCGGGAGACGCAGACGGCUGAGCUGUCCCUGACCGUGGUGGCGGCCGUGCAGGCCGUGGAGAGGAAGGUGGACUCCCACUCCACCCGCCUGCUCGACCUGGAGGGUCGCACGGGGAUGGCCGAGAAGAAGCUGAUCGACUGCGAGAAGACGGCGGCGGAGCUGGGGAACCAGCUGGAGAGCAAGUGUGCGGCGCUGGGCACCCUCAUCCAGGAGUACGGGCUGCUCCAGCGGCGCCUGGAGAACAUGGAGAACCUGCUCAAGAACAGGAACUUCUGGAUCCUGCGGCUGCCCCCGGGCAGGAAGGGGGAAGUCCCCAAGGUGCCGGUGACAUUUGACGACGUGUCCGUCUACUUCAACGACAAGGAAUGGGAGAAGCUGGAGGAGUGGCAGAAGGAGCUGUACAAGAACGUGAUGAAGGGGAACUACGAGUCGCUGAUCUCCCUGGACUAUGCAAUUUCCAAACCUGGGGUUUUGUCUCAGAUCGAGCAAGGAGAGGAAUCGCGGGGCAGAAACGAGCAGGACUUGGAGGAGAGUGAGAUCAUUACUGAUGCCACAGCAGCUGGAAUAAGGGUUGUGAUCAAAACGGAGGAGCUCCUUCCCGAGGACAGCCCCGAGAACCCCGAGCUGCACGGGAUGUCGGGGCAGUCGGAGGGCAGCUUCCAGAGCCCGGACGAGGAGGCGGCUUGUGAGAGCCCCUACGGCUCCGUGUCCCCUCCCAGGGACCUCCCGGGAACCAGCCUGGGGGACUCGUCCGAGUACGGAGCCGACUUCAACGAGAUCCAGAGAGUCAUCGUUCACCACGGGAGCUGCACAGAGGACGGGAUUGUGAUCAAGACGGAGGAGGAGGAGGAGGACGACCCCGACACGCUGGAGCCGUGUGCCAUGUUCUCGGGCAGGGCUGAGCCGCCGGCGUUCCCCAGCCACGAGGCCGGGCUGGGCUGCGAGGCGCAGUGCAGCUCCAAGGCCCAGCCCAGGGGCCUGGCAGCCCGCGUGAGGAAGCCGUCGGCCUGCGAGAGGGACCCCGGGGAGAUGAAGUCGGCCAGCGCCCAGCAGCGGAACCGGACGCGGGAGAGACCCUACAUCUGCCCCGAGUGCGGCAAGAGCUUCAUGCUCAAGAUCAACUUCAUGAUCCACCAGCGCAACCACCUCAAGGAAGGGCCCUACGAGUGCCACGAGUGCGACCUCAGCUUCCGCAACAAGCAGCAGUUCCUGCUGCACCAGCGCAGCCACACGCGCCGCGGCGUGGGGGUCCCGCGGCGCCCCGAGCACGGCCUCAAGCCCCCGGCGCGGCCCCCGCCCCCGGGGAAGCCCUACAAGUGCUCCGAGUGCGAGAGCAGCUUCAGCCACAAGUCGAGCCUCAGCAAGCACCAGAUCACCCACGUCGGGGAGCGGCCCUUCACCUGCGGCGAGUGCCGGAGGAGCUUCCGCCUGCAGAUCAGCCUCCUCAUGCACCAGAGGAUCCACGCCGGCAAGAACGAGAUGGCCUUCCUGUGCCCCCAGUGCGGGAAGAACUUCACCCGGCCCUCCCACCUGCUGCGGCACCAGCGGACUCACACCGGCGAGCGGCCCUACCAGUGCAGCCAGUGCGAGAAGACCUUCAGCGAGAAGUCCAAGCUGACCAACCAUUACCGCAUCCACACGCGGGAGCGCCCGCACGCCUGCGCCGUCUGCGGGAAGGGCUUCAUCCGCAAGCACCACCUCCUGGAGCACCAGCGCAUCCACACGGGCGAGCGGCCCUACCACUGCACCGAGUGCGGCAAGAACUUCACGCAGAAGCAUCACCUCCUGGAGCACCAGCGGGCGCACACCGGCGAGCGGCCCUACCCCUGCACCGAGUGCACCAAGUGCUUCCGCUACAAGCAGUCCCUCAAGUACCACCUGAGGACGCACAUGGGAGAGUGAGGGGCUGCCCGGCGGCUUCCUCCCCCUCCUCUCCCUCCCUCCACCCCUCCUCCUCCUCCUCUUCCUCCUCCUCCUCCUCCUCCUCCACUCAUCUCUCCCGCCCUCCCUCCAUCCGUCUCCCCCCACCCCAGCUCAGGGCAUGGACAUCAAGGAAGCUUUGUGUGGUAGCGCCGCUGGUCUGGUGGAGACUGGGCUGAUUGGAAAUAAAUUAAUGAAUUAAAGCAAGCAACGCGCGGCAAAAUUAAAAGAUUAUAUAUAUAUAAAAUUAACAGAAGCAGCUGAUUUAGGGGGAAUCCUCACCACCAACAAAAGAAACCUGUACAGGGUGUUUUGCCGGAGUAGGACUCGUAACUGCUUUUUAAAUCUACUGUUUGGUUUUUUAAAAUAAAUGUGGAGGAACUUUUUAAUUGAUAAGCAACCUUAGGAUGGGCAAGAUUUUCUGGGUGGUUUUUUUUGUUUUUGUUUUUGUUUUUUUGUUAAAUGCUCUGUAGGCUGAUUCUGGCACAGUCACUUUUUGUCCAGGAGCUCUGCAGAGGUGCUGCCUCGUCCCAGCUCUCCGGGCUGGACGCGAGAGCCGCUUGGCAGCGCGUGGUUACAGAAGCUCCGGCCGGGGGGAGGUGAGUAAUUAACAGAUCCAGCUAACGAGGAGGUUCUGCGUGUGUCUAGAUUGGAAGCGCCGGUAGGUGCCUGCCCGGCUCGCGGGGCUGUGAUGCACUCCUGAAUUAUACAAUAGAAUAAAAUUCUAGUUGCAGUAAAA